AUGGCAACGGGCGCGGCCGGCAUGGCGGCGCCCAGCGUGUUCCUGCUGGCCGUGAGCGGCGAGAUCGAGAGCGGGCAGUUCCCUGGAUUCGACGAUCUCUACUGCAAGUUCUGCUUCGUCUACGGCCAGGACUGGGUCCCCACCGCGGGCCUGGAGGAGGGAAUCUCCCAGAUCACCUCCAAGAGCGACGUCUCACCCACCACGCUCGUGUGGAACCUCCCCAUCGACAUCACCUUCAAGAGCACCAACCCUUUUGGCUGGCCGCAGAUUGUGCUGAGUGUCUACGGGCCCGACUUCUUCGGGCACGACGUGGUCAGGGGUUAUGGAGCCGUUCACGUGCCCUUCACGCCUGGAAGGCACAGAAGAACCAUCGCUAUGUUUGUUCCAGAGUCCACCUCGAGGCUGCAGCAGUUUACAAGCUGGCUCACAGGGAGGCGCCCGGAAUUCACUGACCCCAGAGUUGUGGCGCAGGGAGAGGGACGAGAAGUGACGAGGGUGAGAUCCCAGGGCUUCGUCACCGUUUCCUUCAACGUCAUGACCAAGGACCUGAAGAAGCUGGGCUACGACGUGACCCCCAGUGAUCUGCAGAGCCCCUCCCUGGGGCCACCAGGGCUCCACAAGUACUGACCUGUGCCAUCAGGAAAAGGGUUGGGGGGAGCUGAUUAAUCUGGGAGAAUUAUUCCAAAAGAAACACAAGCCCACGAGGCUUUGGAAUAACUGACCAAGUACAAUCCUUUCAGUAAGUUACAGGUUUGAAGUAUUGUGUUAAUUAAUGCCAUCAGAUAAUACUUAGCAUUUUUAGGAGCAGUGUCAGGCUGUCUCACA